CGUAACGGCGGCGGCGCACUAACACCGUUUUUGAGAUUACCGGACGUUAAAUUCGAACGCGAAAUCACUGAAAAAGUGAAGUCCCGCGCUUUUAUUGUUUCGUCGCCAGAGUCUUAUCGAACUCGUUUUGUCGACGCCGACUUUAAUGAUAUCGGUUUUUUUUCCGUCGAUAAUACCGCCGUGAGAAAUCUUUCCUGGUUGAGUUUCGCAGUCGUCUGUUUUCCGUUCAUCUGUGCCCUUCCAAAUCCCGUGACCAAGCCAUCCGGACCGUGACAGUCGGAACUGCAACUGUUCCGUUCAAGCGAUUUACCAUGGACGACUUUACAGAGCGCAUGUUAGAAAGGACACAAAGACGUCAAAAGCUUCUUGCGUCCACGUUGUCCCAAGUAUCUCAACCAACACCUUCAUCAGCCAUGGAAACAUCGCCAACAAUUCAGCAAUCGGAUUCACCACCUGCACGUCGUCAGCGACGUACUCGUCUUGCUGAACUUGCCAACCAAGUAGAUCAAUGGUUAUCAGAUGAUCAGAACUUUAAACAAAGUGAAAAUAUUUCAAACCCUAAAAAAACAGAAAAAAUUAAUGACAUUCAAAAUGAACCUAACAAAUUGGUAACUGUGUCUUCACAAUAUGCUAUUAAAAAAGAUAUAAUUAAGACUAAUGAAAAUAAAUCAACUGACAUACAGCAACCAAAACCACAGCAGUACAGUAAUAAGUUGAAACAACUACGCCACCAGCAGCAGUUAGAUAAAGAACCUCAGCCUCAGAAACAUUCACCAAAUCUCAGUUCUACUACUUUGACAGUUGCACAACGUCGAGCAUUAUUUGAGCCAAAUAUUGUUACUCAACAGCAGAGUAAAAAACCAAUUACUACUACAACUGUAACCAUAUCUUUGACUAAAACUACCCCUGCUACUGUUAAUACUACAACAUCAACAACUGCUGCUAAUGAAGCAACUGAAGAAUCUGCAGAAGAAGUAAUUAAAACGCCACCACGUCCUAUUCCACGUAGUGAAUCUACCCCACCUUCAAGACGUGGCUCUAGGCCUAGGACAAGUCUUGGUGCUUCUGCUGCCUCAAACAAUUUAAUUGAACAUCAACGCUCUGUAUGGACUCCACCAUGUAUAAAAAAUGUGCUUUUAAAAAAGAAAUUGAUCAACGAACUAGAAGAUGAUGAACAAUCAUCAGAUAAUAGUACUAAAGAUAAAAUUGGGUUAAAAAGAGGUCCUUUUGAUAAAUAUAAUUCAGGUUCUAUUAAAUACAAGCCGGCUUCACCAUCUUCCAACUUAUAUCCAGAUUUAUCUUUGAUAGCAGAUGAUAACUUAGGAAACGAUACUUCACUGACACCAUUGGAAAUUCAACCUAUGGCAUGCAAGAGACGCAGUAAUGGAAGCAGUGCUUUAAAUACUUCUACUACAUCUUCCGAAUCUGUACCCGAAGACUGCGAUGAUGCUGAAAAUUUAGGGGCUAAACGUUAUAGGUGUCAUCAGAAAGAAAAAAGUCCAGAAACAAAUAACAUAGCUUCGCUUCAAGAGGUAACUUCUCCAUCCACACCUAUUACAGGAUUUAAUAGUACCCCUGGUGGUGGUCACUGCUCUUUACUGUCAAGCCAUGCAGGUAGUCCAUUAUCACAAGCUUGUUCUAGUUUUAUAUUCCAACACGGCAAUGAAAGUCUUAGCGGUAACAAAAGUUUCUCUAACUCAACUGAGCAAAGACAAGGGUUAGAUCAACAAUGCAAUGCACAGGCCAAUCAGUUACCUGAGUCUCGACUCAUUGACAAAUACUUUGAGUUUGUGAAUUCUGACGGAGAAGAAGAAUUAGCAGAACCUAUUACUGAUAAUGUAUUUUCACCCAAAGAGUUGGGUUCUUGUGGCCGACUUCAGUUUAAUAACAGCAAACAUAAUGUUGACAAUAUUGAACCUGACAAACUUAACAGUAGCAGCAGCAGCAGUAGUAGCAGUAACACUAAGCCAGCGCUUGUACAUACAAUUAGCACAUAUCGUAAACAACAGCAACAGUUACGAUUAAAUGGAGCUAAUUCUUCUAACAAGCAACAAAUAAGAAUUCCAGAACGAGUAACUGAAGAACAAGACGAGGAUACUGACGAAGAAGAAAUACAUUUACAAGAGUUGGAAAAAGUAGCAGCACGAGCUAGAGACUUAGAACGGAUAGUGGUACCAGAACAAGACCGCAUAAUUGAACAAGCCACCCAAGCUUUGAAUAUUUGCGAUGUAUACAGGCAAAAAAACACUCUUCGCCCAGUGAUUUCUAAUCAAUUUUCACCUGAACAUAUACAUGCUGAACGACUUUUGUUGAUUGCAGGUCUGAGGCGAACGGAUGCAGUUCGUGAGGCACAGAGGCUUCGUGUUGAACGCACAUUAUUACCAGGUGGAAUCAUGGGGGAAAGGUCUACUUACUUAAGUGCUCGUGGUAAUGGUAAAACACUUGUUAUUCAGAGUCUACGUGUUCCCAUUUUAUCAUCCUUAAAUAGUGGUGGAAACCACAAUAAGAUGAAGCAUAAUUCAGGCGAGGGAUUAGAAAAUCUGACCAGAUGGCCAGGGGGGUAUAGGUAUUUUGUGUGUGCCAUUAGAGCGGUGGCUACAGUUCACCGUCCUCCAGUGACUGCUGCUUCUCGACCAGCUGAUGCUGUUGAAGAGUCAGUGCUUCGAUUCUCUAAUGAUGCUGCCAUCUGUCGUAACAUUGAUGAAAUAAAUUAUGGCUAUGUUGAGUUUAUUACUAAAAAAAGAGUCAAAAACUCUGGUAGCCGAAAAUGUCCAGCUCCUACCGAAUCAGAGGGUGCUCCUAUAUUGAUCCAUGGAUUGGAUGACAGAGGAUGGAAAAUCACUGUUGAGUUAUAUGGUAUAUCCCCAACAAGCAGUGGAGAGCAUGACCACCAUAAUGGUGGUAAUGUCAAGGAACAUGAUGGCCACGAAAAUAAGAGUGUAUUGGACAAGUUAUGGUCUACAGUCACUACCCCAAGUAAGGAUCCCAAAAAACAUCAUGGUUCAACAGCAACAGCAUCUAUUGAAUCGCCAGGUGGACCAAUGGCUGUACGGAAUACAGUGUUUCGACAACUUGGUUAUUUUGUUUUUUCUGACGGCCAGGUGGACCGGAAACAGUUUACUUUGAAUAAGGUCCAUCAAUCAGGUGGUAUUUCAAGCAGUUCGAGAGUUACUACAAAUGCUGCAGUGGAAGAAACGGUGCGCAUAAACAUGAGCCUCCUAGAAGAAGGAGAGAAAUAUACUUAUGAAGAUGAUAUGGGUGAAAUUAAUUUGGAUAACAAAUCUUCGGAAUCCAAUUCAUAUGCUUCUAGUGGCAUUAAAGCUGUUUUGGCACCUAAAUCACUGAAAUUCCCAUCUGAAUGCAAAAGAUUGGAAGGAUUUUUAACAUUGUUUGACGACCAUGAGUUACGAACACAUAAUUUUGAGCGGGAGGGUCAGUGGAAACGCCGUGCAGAUAUUGGUGGUACUAAAGGUGGCACUACUUCAUGGCGCCGUCUUUGGUUUCGGGCUGAAAUAAUUGCUAUGAAUCAACAAAAAUCUAUAAAUAACAGUGACAAAUCACAAGAACAUCAAAACGAUAUCAAAUUUAAGCAGCAAACCAUAGUGUUACGUUAUUGGAUGUACCCAGAGUAUGCUGAACAAGAACGAGAGCCUCUAGGUAGCAUAGACUUAAACUGCUGUUUGCCACCACCCCCACUCGAAGAGGAAAUCACAACUGCCGUCCCAGCUCAACAGCUAAAACAUAAACAGAAGCCAAUCCCUGCUGCUCCAGCUCUUCCAGACCUAUGCACUCGGCCAAACACUCUACGCUUGAUUUUGUAUAAUGAUGGUGAAUGUGAUAACUUAAAUAAUGGAGAUCACGAUGAUGAAAAUUCUCGUGAAGUUCUACUGCUGGCUGCUGACAAUACAGAUGAACGGCGUGAAUGGUGUGAAACUAUAAAUGCAGCAGUAAAUGCUAUUAGCGGACACCGUGAACAGAUCAGAUUAGCUAUGGCUACUCAAUUAAAGAAAAAACAAUACAAUAAUGAAAAAGAACAAGAACAAAUUCGACAACAAGUUGAACAACGUACUGGUGCUUGGCCUACUACGCCAGGUGGUACUCGUCAAUAUUAUGGCAGAAAAAAGAAAUUUUACAAAUAAUUAAUUACUUCAAAAUAUAUACCUCAAGUUGUUUUAUAACUUGUUUCAUU